CCAGCCCCAGUUUAAGGAACCACAAAGUACAGUGAGCAUGUUUUAAGGCGGCGUCUCCGUCUGUCCGAGUCCUAUUUAUUCAUCAAGCUUCAGACGGAAACAUACUCCAGAGAGUCAAGUAGGCGAAACAAACAGGGUAGUGUGAUGGGAUCGGCUAAUCUCUCAUGGACGCCGCCAGCAUGGGACGAACUCAACUUAACACGCGAUUGCGAUCUAUUCGGUCAAUUCUUCUCUGGUAUUUCGAGGAACGGUCUCCUUAAUGCGCCGCUUGGGAUUACCGUGCAGUUUUUCCUCUCUGCUUUUCCUCCACACAUCUCCCCUGAACCGACAGUGCCGCAGAUUGUAGAACUAUGGCAAGCUAUCGCGGCGAACUACACAAGUGGAGGAGUCGGUGCUGGGGAAAUGUUUAAUAGCGUGUAUGAAGCUGCGCAAGGGGCUUGCCACGAUGCAUACUGCGGCGCUGUUGGGUUCCAGGGCAAUGCGGAUCUUGUAGGGAAUGGGGUUAUGAUUGCCUAUUUGAUUGAAGCAGCUUUAGUAUCACUGUUUCUGGUCGCAAUAGGUUUGCACCACCUGAGAAGCCGCCUGUACCAGGAAAGACCUGUUCCGAAGCAAACAGUGGGCUAUAUCUCUGCAGCAGCCCGAGUCCUUGACGCUUUCCGUGGCAGCAUCACAAACUUUUGGAGCAGUGCUGCAGUACUGAGCUUGGCCAUGCUGAUAGUCUCUCUGCGUAUAACGGCACGGGCUACAAUCUACGUUGAGAGGGCUGUUCAGGCUUGGAGGAGCGGCUCAGCUGUUAGUGCAUAUGACACUCAGCUCGCCACCAUCGUCUCAUGUUUCUCGCUUUUUCCCGUCCUCAUACUUGGCCUCCUGAUGAAAAAUCGUGGCCGCCGCCGGUGGCUAGCGGGCAUCGUCCACAUCGUCUUGUAUGUGCUAGUCCUCGUUCAAAUCCGACUGGCCAUAUCCCGCACUAGUGUUGCAUCAAAAAUAAAGAGCUCCCUAGGCGCAGCUUGUAAUCCAAUGACUGUGGAUAAGAUGUUCCGCAAGUAUGGCUCGCCUGUGUUUUAUGUACUUAUUGCUGUUCCUGUCGGUCUAGCUGUGUUGUUGGCUGCCGCUGCUGUUUUGUUUCGUGUUGGCCGAAGCGAGUCAGAAAACCAGGCAGAACGAACGAAAACCUGGCGCCUGGUUACAAAUUUGCUACGCCUGUACGGAGUCUCUCUGAUAGCAUUUACCUCCCUUGCCUGCUUUGUGCUUAUGUGGGCAUCGAUUGGACUGCUGCUGUCUAUGAGAAACCUCAUCAUAGAGAAUGUUGGACACAAUGACCCAGCAUUAGAAUGGACCUUUGGCCAAUUCCUGGCAUUAGCGACUUGGAUUCCCGUUCUCGUGGAGUGGGUGUAUAUCCUGAUAUUCGGUUUACAGAGAGGACUAGAGGGCCAUGUCCCAAAGGACUACGUUGUUAUGCAUACAAGCCAUACUGCACAGUCUCCGGCUUCACAAGAACUGAUUCAGGACGUGCAACAGCAAACAGAGGCGACAAAAUAGUGCAUAUAGUUUGGUGCCCACUUAAACAAGUAUGCUAUGUCUCUGUCAGCACGGGAAAGCACCUUCAAUCGGAAAUUAUGGGGGUGGGUGUAUCUUGCAUAGUAUAUAGUCCAUGGGGCUUGCAAAUUGGGCGGCAACUGCAAGCAAGUGAAACGAAACCAGAUCGUCUAGAAUGCCAUUUCCCCAUUAAGGGGAUUCUAAACGAAUUGAUACAC